UCAAACUCUUUUUAUUGCCCACCAAACAAAGAUUUUGUCCGCUUUCAUUCAAUUUUCAGUAGAUAUUUUCAACUCAACUUGGAACUUUCUUUUUGCGUCUCAAAAUAAAUAUCUUCCAAGAGAGAUAGAAAAAUAGUUCACCAAUAGAUAUUUUCAAGGACCUUCCUCCACCGUCCGGAGCAGAGAGAAGAGGAUCAAAUGACGCCAACUAUCCUUACUCCGACGACUCUUCCUCCCUCGACUAUUACAUGGCCAUGUACCACCACACCUCAGAAGCUCACCACCAUUAGAACACCACUCAAGCUCAAGUGUAGAGCUACUUCUUCAUCAUCAUCUUCCAUCACAGACUUUGAUCUUUACGACCUCUUAGGUAUCGACCGGGGCUCCGACAAGUCUCAGAUCAAAACAGCUUAUCGUAACCUGCAGAAACGUUGUCAUCCAGACAUCGCAGGAGUUCCAGGCCACGACAUGGCCAUCAUACUUAACGAGGCUUACAAGCUUCUCUCUGAUCCCAUCUCACGCCAAGCCUAUGAUAAGGAGCAAGCGAAACUGGAAGAGCUAAGAGGCUACACAGGGAAACCGGUCUACUCGGUUUGGUGUGGACCAGAGACAGAGCAACGAGCUGUGUUUGUGGAUGAGGUCAAGUGCGUUGGUUGCUUGAAGUGUGCUUUGUGUGCAGAGAGAACAUUUGCUAUCGAAACAGCUCACGGGAGAGCUAGGGUUGUCGCUCAAUGGGCUGAUCCUGAGUCCAAAAUCAAAGAAGCCAUCGAAGCUUGCCCCAUAGACUGCAUCUCAAUGGUGGAGAGAUCUGACCUUGCGCCAUUGGAGUUUCUUAUGUCAAAGCAACCUCGAGGCAACGUGAGGAUAGGGGUUGGAAACACGGUUGGUGAGCGUGUCUCCAACGUGUUUGUUGAUGUCAAGAAGUUCCAGCAAAGAUACGCAGAAGCCAUGAGCAAGACCACAAGAGAUAGCUCACAGGAGAGUGACUUGCAGAGAGAAGUAAGAAUGAGUGCAGUGGAAGCAAUCAGGUCUAUCUCCAACUGGCUAUACUGGAGAUCAUCACCUUACUCAAAACCACUGAGUCCUGAUUCAAACAUGAGUCUCACUUUCACCAAACGGAAAAAAGCAGCAGAUCCAGACAUCAAAAAACUUCAGGAUGCUGUUGCAGCAAUGAAACAAGCAGAACAGAGCGGUGAAACCAAAGAAAGACGACAACGACCAGCUUCCAUGGUUGGAGAAGAUUACUGGACUCCAUCAAACCUAGCUCUUCCCUCAUCCGGAAACACCACUUCAAAGACUACUUCAACUCCGAGAGUGUCUCACAAGAACACACCAUCUGAAGAGAACGUUACUAGUAGAAGAGAGUUCAGAAGGCAGAAGAACUUCAAGAUACAGAAGUUCCCAAUAGGAACAGCAACAGUAGCAGUGUUCCUGGUUCAGUUCCAAGCUAGCUACACAGCCUCUGAGCUCAGUGACCAUAUAGGUGGCUCGUUGGCUCUGUCUAUAGUUAACAGCCCAUGGCAGCAGAUUUUGUUAGCAGGAGUUACCUGGUACUUCAUCGGUGCAAUGCUGCUCCAGCUUGUAGAAGCUAUCCAAUCCAAGCAAGAAGAUAAAGAAGCAUAGACCUGAGAGAUAAAUAUAUGUACAGCAUAUCCUUUUUAAUAUUAUAUGUAACAGUGAAGAUAUACUAUAUACAACAAGAAAGUGCUUAUUGAAUUUUAUU